CCACAUUCCCCCAGCCCAGCAGCCCACCUCUCCUGGCAGGAUUCUCCCGGCUGGCCGGAGGGGACAGCGAGUGCUCAGGGAGGCUGGAGGUGCGGCAGGGCCAGACCUGGGUCAGCGUCUGCCAUGGCCACGUGGACCUCAUGGCCGCCCAGGUGGUCUGCAGAGAGCUGGGCUGUGGUACUGCACUGGCCCUAUCUGGGGCUGAGCUGUUUGGGGUACGAGCAGGGCUAUUCUGGAAUGGUGCCUUCGAGUGCAAUGGCACCGAGCCCUCCCUGUCCGCUUGCACAAAGCGGCCUCCCCACAUCCAGAACUGCACCCAACCCGCUACCAUCAUCUGCUCCCGUAAGUGCUGGCUCUGCAGGGCUACAUCAGCCCCAAACCAUGUGGUGGCCUGGGGAAUUUCCCACUCCACCAACUCCAGCACCUCUCUCUGCUGCAGCCUACAGCGGGUUCCGGCUGGCAGACGGAGUCUCAGUGUGCGAUGGGCGAGUGGAGGUGGAGGCACGAGGGGUGUGGGGGACCCUGUGUGCCACUGCCUGGGACCUGCCUGACGCACACGUCCUCUGCCACCAUCUGGGCUGUGGCACUGCUGUCUCCCUGCCCCCACCGGGCCAUUUUGGGAUGGGGACAGGGAUGCUGCGGAGCGAUGCCUUCAGAUGCAGUGGGAGUGAGCGGCACCCGGGCCAGUGCCCCGUGGAGGUGCUGGGGCAGCCCACCUGCCCCCCCGGGCACACUGCAGCCGUCAACUGCUCAGGUGGGUGUGGGGGCCGUGGGGACCCCCAGCAGGUGGGGAGUACUGCCCAAGCCCACGGCACAGCCAGGCUGUUGCAGGUGUCGCCGAGCCCCUGCGGCUGCACGGUGGGGAGAGCCAUUGUGACGGGCGGCUGGAGGUGGCCGUGCGCCCCGGAGUCUGGGCCCGUGUGCCUGUGGGGCUGUGGGACAACGGCACUGCCACCGUGGUGUGCCGGCAGCUGGGCUGCGGUGUGCCUGAGAAAAUCCAUGCUGUGCCAGCCAAUGGCUCGGGCCCCAUAG